AGCCAGGGAGGAAGGAAGUGCUGGAGCUGCAAGGAGUGCUUGGGCUGUGCCUGCUCCUUGCUCACCCCCAUGGGGCUGUCAGAGCUGGGAGCUGCCCUUGCUGCGGAGACCUGCACUUGCUGGGUCUCUGUACAUGCCUGUGUUCAAGGAGAGUGAAAAGUCCAAGUUUUGCUACUUCUCUGUCACAUUUCAGCUGCAUUUGACAACAGGAAGGGAAGGAGAAGGGUAGCAGAAUUAUUACCACAGCCCGAGGAGCCUGGAGCAGGAAGGGUUUCAAACGGAACUGGUGUGGAUCAGCUUUUGUUGUCUCACAGGAAGAAACUCAGCUUUCACCACGGCCACGGCCCUCCAGGACGUCUUCCUGUGGAACCAACAGCUAGGACCAACCUGAGACUUGCAGGCACAGCAAUGGAGAAUUUGGAUGUCCCAGUCCCAGACCUUACUGAAGAACAGCAAGACAUUUUUCAGAGAGCUUUUGCUGCUGAUGCCAAGUACUUGGAGAAUCAUGAGAAAAUGAACCAGUCCUUCUGGGAAUCACUUGUGAAAUGCUUGGCCACUACUGACCCACCUAUCCUCAAUACUGAAGAAAAGAACAAUCUCCUUAACAGCUGUGAUGUGCUCCCUGAAGGCUGUGCUGCCUGCCUGAAAGCCAUAGAGAAGAAAGGAGCCAGGGCAAUGGUUCUUCUUUACCUUUUGCUGAAGACUUCCAACCCAUCUGGGUACAGGCAGCUGCCCAGCUCCAAGGGAAAGGAUGAAAAAUUGAAACUCCUGAAGAGUUUGGAAAGGAAUUUUGUAUAUUCAGAAGAGGACAAAAAGUCUGAAAACUCAGCCCAGGAGUCCAUGGAUGAAGAUACACAAGACAGUGAUGAGGAAGACUUAGGAAUACAGAAGACUGAAGGCCAGUUACUUGGAGGAAUACCAGCAGAGAUGGUUCCUUACAGAGAUUCAGAGAUUGCCAGAAGAGAAGAUUCAGAUGUAGAUGCUUAUGAGGAGAGCACUCAUCCCCCUCAGUGCACAGUACGGUGGAUGGGCAUACGGAAGGAUGAUGAAUUCUUUCAUUUUGUCAUUCUUUGCUUUGCAAUUGGAGCUUUACUAGUUUGCUACUACUACCACAAAGAUUGGACCAUUUCUCUUGGGAUUGGUUUAAUCACCUUUGCUUCCCUGGAAACCACUGGGAUAUACUUUGGUCUAGUGUACCGAAUUCGGAGUGUCCUUGACAGCUUUGUUCCUCUGAUUGACAGAUUCAGGCCAAGAGGCCUGAGGAAAGCUGCCUAGGAGGAGUAUUUCAGGAGAGUUCCCCAAACCUGGCUGUCCAGAUUUCCAGUACUAAAGGAACUGCUUUAUGAGGUGAACCUAACAACCAAAUGGCCAAUGUGAAAUACUGAAAUGUGAAACCUCUGAAAAACUUCACUCCUUUCCCUCCAAAAUAAACCUGAAAUUGGGGUA